ACACAACACCAUGGAUAAUUUUAACUUUCACCAUCUCUUCACUGUUCUCCUAUUAUUCUUCGUUGCAUUUGCGCCAUCUUUCGCUCAACAGUCUUUCAGGCCCAAAGCUCUCGUCGUUCCACUUAAAAAAGAUGCAUCAACGCUCCAAUACGUCACACGAAUCAACCAAAGAACCCCACUCGUCCCACUCAACCUCGUCCUCGAUCUCGGAGGCCAAUUUCUCUGGGUUGAUUGCCAACGCAACUACAUCUCCUUCACUUACCGCCCCGCACGGUGCCGCUCUGCACAGUGCUCCCUCGCCGGUGCCAACUCCUGCGGCGACUGCUUCUCGCCUCCCAGUCCCGGCUGCAACAACAACACCUGCGGCGUCAUCCCCGACAACACCGUCACCCACACCGCCACGUCCGGCGAGCUAGCUGACGACGUUGUCUCUGUCCAAUCCACCAACGGCUUCAACCCUGGACGAAGCGUCACCGUUUCCCGCUUCCUAUUCUCCUGCGCCCCAACCUCCUUACUCCAAGGACUCACCAAAGGAGUCACCGGCAUGGCCGGUCUCGGCAGAACCAAAAUCGCUCUUCCCUCUCAGUUCGCUUCAGCUUUUAGCUUCCACAGGAAAUUCGCCAUUUGCGUCUCUUCUUCAAACGGCGUCGCUUUCUUCGGUGACGGCCCUUACGUUUUCCUUCCCAACGUCGAUGCUUUUCAGUUACUCACAUUCACACCACUGUUGGUCAACCCGGUCAGCACCGCCUCUGCUUUCUCCCAGGGUGAACCUUCAUCUGAGUAUUUCAUUGGCGUGAAAUCCAUCAGAAUCGACGAAAAAGUGGUUCCCGUUAACACGACAUUGUUAUCCAUAAACAGCGAGGGCGUUGGUGGAACGAAGAUUAGUACAGUGAACCCUUACACGGUUUUGGAAGCUUCCAUCUUCAAAGCAGUGACGAAGGCUUUUAUUAGAGCGUCUGCUGCUAGAAAUAUAACGAGGGUGGCUCCGGUGGCGCCGUUUGAAGUUUGCUUCAGCAGUGAGAACGUGCUGGGCACGCGCUUAGGCGCGUCGGUGCCAACCGUUGAGCUUGUGCUGCAGAACGAGAACACAAUUUGGAGGAUAUUUGGAGCGAACUCGAUGGUGAGUGUGAAGAAUGAUAAGGUUCUGUGUCUUGGCUUUGUAAAUGGUGGAGAGAAUGCGAGGACUUCGAUUGUGAUUGGAGGGUAUCAGAUUGAGAACAAUCUUCUGCAGGUUGAUUUGGCCACCUCAAGAUUAGGGUUCAGCUCUUUGCUCUUCGGACGCCAAACUACGUGUGCAAACUUCAACUUUACCUCCACCGCCUAGAAAUAAGGCCUUAAUUCGCCGAGUUUCAAUAAUUAUCAUUAUCUGAUUUUCAUUCGUACUAAUAAAUGCCUAAGGACAUUAUGUCGCUCUUGACAAUUCUACGAGUCUUAUGAAAACAUUUAUUUUUUUUUUCCUUUCGAGUUCGUCUAUCUACUAAUAAAUGUCUAAGACUGAUUAGGGUAAAUAAAUACGUAUUUGUUUUUUAUUGAUUAAUGUGCAUUAAACAUUUAUAGCUCUUUGUCUGCUUAUCUGGGAGCAAUGAAUAUAGCUUUG